GUUUAAAAAUUGUUCUAUAAUAUAAAUUGAUAAGUGAUUGAUUUGCAGUUAGUUAUAUCCUAUAAUACUAUGGAAACAUAAUUUUACAGAUUUACAUUCAGAUUGACUUACAGAAAAAAAAUAAUAUUCAGUUUUUCAGAUUAGUUUCAAGUUAUGAACUUAGAAAUAUGAAUAGUAAGAAAAAGAAAAACAAGAGCAGAAUGUAACAAAAUAAUUUUUUGUUUCUUUUUUAGUUUUAUAAUUAUUGUUUUAAAUAACGUUAUUAAUUUCAUAUUAAUUAUAUUUCUGAUAUUUAUUUAAAAUGACUCAAUUACGAAUUAUAGUGAAAUUAAUUUAAAUUUAAGACAUUUAGUAUUUCAGAAAACCGGAAGACAGUGUCCCGAUAUAUUUGACAUUCCUUACUAUAAAAUGGUCGAGAAAUAUUUUCAACUUUUGGGACAAGAUCCGCGUUUAAAGAAUGAGUUCAGAAAUUUUAUAGUAACAAUGGUGGUGAUUAGUAUUUCAGGCAAUAUCGUUCCAACGGUAAGGAAAUCACGUUGAACAUUUUAUAAAAAUGAGGAAAGUGAAUCGAGUGAAUUCUAUGUAAUAAAAUAAAGAUAAUGUUAAACAAUUGAAACUUGUAAUCAUCAGUCAAUAGAAUUAUAUACGUCGUUAUGUGACAAGAAUAUGGAUGCAGUGAUCGAGGGUCUACCACAUUUUAUCGCAGCUACCAUUAGUGCUGUUAAAGUAUUAAAUAUAUAUUUCUAUAGAGAAAAUUUUGACAAAUUAUUUCAAUUUGUAACAAAUGAGUGGGACAAGCUGAAAUUAAAUAAUGAAUUGCAUAUUAUCGAUAAAACUGUUAUACGAGGAAACAAAACAGCAUACUUAUAUCGCAGUGCACUGUUGAUAGCUUUGGUAUUGUUCUUAUUGAUUCCAUUAAUUUCUCCUAUAUUAGACGUAUUUCUUCCAUUAAAUGAAACUCGACCACGACAACAACUGCUCAAAGUUAAUUAUUUGGUUUUUAAUGAUGACGAUUAUUUUUUCUAUGUAUAUUUGCAACUUGCUUGGGGAUCAAUUAUAGUUGUGGUCACCUCAGUUGCCGUAGAUUCAUUGUUGAUUCUUAUAAUUCAUCACUGCAGCGGAUUAUUUACAGUUUGCGGGUACCAAGUACAAAAAGUGAUAAGGAAUGCGAAAUCAUUUAACGGAACUGUUUUAAAUAAUACUUACGAACAAAUCAAGAAUUGCGUGAUCAUGCAUGAUGAAGCUAUCCAGUUUUAUAAUAUUCUGAAUGAAAGUAAUCGAAAUAGUUAUCUUAUUCAAGUUGGGUUAAAUAUGUUGGCCAUAAGUGCGACGGCUGUCCAAGCAGUCGUAAAUUUGGAUAGACCAGAGGAAGCAAUUAGAAGCGCUGUAUUUUGCGGGGCUAAUCAAUUCCAUUUAUUCGUACUCAGUUUACCUGGACAAGUACUCUUGGAUCAUUGCUCCGAUUUUUCAAAUAAUAUAUACAGUUCCAUAUGGUAUAGAGCACCUGUGCGAAUUCAAAAAGUACUCUACGUAAUGCAAAUAAGGAGUAAGAAAUUAUGUACAUUGUCGGCAGGUGGAUUAUAUGAAAUGAACAUAGAAAAUUUCGGAAUGACCUUUAAAACGUGCAUGUCAUAUUUCACAAUGAUAAUGUCGCUGAAAUAAUGAGUCUACAUUAUCUAUAUCGAAAAUAUAUUAUGACAAAAUAUAUUAUAUUUUCUAUCUAUAAAAUAAAUAAGGAUGUGAAUAAUAGUAAUAACAUAGUUAUUAUAUUUAUUAUUAAAUAAUAUAAAUGACUU